AUGGCUAAUCUCGAAGCGCGCAAGCAUAUUUCGGCUGGUUCGAGAUUUCCCGUUACAAUCCACCCUCAUUUCAACGAGAAAAUCAAGAACCAUGUGCCCCCAGAUCCCCUCCGCGAGCCAUUUACCCCGCCUAGAGACCGGGCAUUUUUUGCAGAUCCGGAGAAGAAGGCUUUAUUCUCUGUGGCGAAGCAGGUUGACUUGACUGAGUCCAUUGGAACGGUUCUUGAGAAUGUGCAAUUGUCUCAGCUAAACGAGACUCAGUUGGAUGAAUUGGCGCUUCUUGUUACUGAACGAGGAGUUGUCUUCUUUCGGGAUCAGGAUCUUACUACUGAGAAACAGGUUGAACUAUUUCAGCAUUAUGGCAUCUUGGAUAAACACCCUGCUCAAAAGUUCGUAAAUAUCAAAGGCAGUCGCGAGGAUCACCGUGAAAUCCUAAGCUACACGCCCUGGCCUAGUGGAGAUUUCCACGCCGAUACAUCAUUCGAGAUCAAUCCACCAACCUACUCCCUAUUGAGAAUGGAAGAGCAUCCUGAAGUCGGCGGUGACACAGCCUGGGUAUCUCAAUAUGGCAUAUACGACGCCCUAAGCAACGCGUACAAGAGGUUCCUCGAUGGCCUUCAUGCCGUGCAUACUUCAAGGCUGCAGUAUGAUACUAUUAUCGAUCUAUGGGGCGCAGCUCCCAAUCGUCCUCCAAUCGAUACACACCACCCAGCCGUGCGCACGCACCCAGUUACUAAACUGAAGGCGCUGAACGUUAAUCCUGGAUUCGUGACUGGGUUUGCUGAGCUCAAGAAGGUGGAAUCUGACAAAGUUCUCGAUUUCUUGGCGUAUCAUAUCCACUCCGCUGAUGAUCACUAUGUUCGUUGGAAAUGGGCUGUUGGUAGUGUUGCUAUGUGGGAUAAUCGGUGUACCCUUCACCGGGUUAUUCCUGGUACAUACAAAGGAGCUAGACGGGGUAUUCGGACUACUGUUUUCGGCGAAAUACCCUAUCUCGAUCCCACUAGUGAGAGCCGUGCGGAGCGGAAGCUACGAGAGGAAAGCCAGGAUGAUGAGGUUGUUCCGGUUGCUUGA